UCCAACGUCGGCCCAGCUGAUUUCACAAUGGAAAACUGGCCAUUUUAAAUAAAUUUGUAUUAUAUCUUAUUUUUUAUUUUUUUCUGUAUGUGUAGAGAUACUUAAAAAGGACGUCUCCGGCUGCAUUCGUGAGCUUGCAAACGUGAGGAUGAGGCGCUGAUGGAAGGGGUUGCGGCAGGGAGGGGGUAUACCUGCUUCCUGAGACAUGGGGAUGUGUUACAGCUUGCGACCGCGGCUCUUCAGCGAUCCCUCCAGCGGCGGCCCCGACACGGAGCUGCGCCCUGGAGCGGGGGCCGAGCAGCCACACCAGGGGGACACGGCAACCAGGCUACGGAGCGCCGACGGCCCCGGGCUGCAGCUCCGCCGCAGGGAGACGGACUGGCAGCCGCAGCAGAACGGCGCAGAGGGAGAGCGGGCGCCUCCGCCUCUGCAACUGGGCAGCAAAGGGCCGGACAGGGACAAGCACAAGGGCGACAAGCCCCGGCCGCAGGACGCAGAAGCAGACAGAGAGGCCAAGAAGGUCAGCAAAUGCAUCGACAAGAUGUUAAAGCAACAGAAACGCGAGUACAAGCAGACCCACCGCCUGCUGCUCUUGGGGGCUGGUGAAUCUGGGAAAAGUACAAUUGUCAAGCAAAUGCGGAUCUUGCACGUGAAUGGAUUUAAUGCAGAAGAGAAGAAGAUGAAAGUGCAAGAUAUUAGGAAAAAUAUUAAAGAUGCCAUCGUGACAAUAGUCUCAGCGAUGAGCACUUUAAUACCACCAGUCCAAUUAGCUAACCCUGAGCACCAGUUUCGAUUGGAUUAUAUUAAGAGUAUCGCCCUUCUUUCAGACUUUGAAUACACGCAGGAAUUUUUUGAUCAUGCAAAAGCACUUUGGGAUGACGAGGGUGUGAAGGCAUGCUUUGAAAGAUCAAAUGAGUACCAGCUCAUCGACUGUGCACAAUACUUCUUAGACCGAAUUGACCAAGUGCAGCAGAAUGACUAUUCCCCAUCAGAUCAGGAUUUGCUCCGAUGCAGAGUUUUGACAUCAGGGAUUUUUGAAACAAAAUUUCAAGUUGACAAAGUAAAUUUUCAUAUGUUUGACGUGGGAGGACAGAGAGACGAGAGAAGGAAGUGGAUCCAGUGCUUCAAUGACGUAACAGCCAUUAUUUUUGUGGUGGCUAGUAGCAGCUACAACAUGGUGAUACGGGAAGACAACAACACCAAUCGACUCCGAGAAGCACUCGAUCUCUUCAAAAGCAUCUGGAACAACAGGUGGUUGCGAACAAUAUCUGUCAUCCUCUUCCUGAACAAGCAGGACCUUCUGGCGGAGAAAGUGUUGGCGGGAAAAUCCAAAAUUGAAGACUACUUUCCAGAGUACACGCGCUACACCACUCCGGAUGACGCAGCAACCCCUGAACCUGGAGAAGAUGCCAGAGUUACAAGAGCUAAAUAUUUUGUACGAGACGAGUUUCUUAGGAUCAGCACAGCGAGUGGAGACGGGCGCCACUACUGUUACCCCCACUUCACCUGUGCAGUGGACACAGAAAACAUCCGCAGAGUAUUCAAUGACUGUCGAGAUAUUAUUCAGAGAAUGCACCUGCGCCAGUAUGAACUGUUGUGAUGGAGAAUCAAUGUGACUUCUUGAUUUUUUUGGACUCUGGUGGUUUCCUUACCCUUGACCUGCCCACGCAUGGUGGAAGAAAUGCGAGAGAUGUAUGUCAACUUUGCUCUCUCAACACUGUUUGUUCUUCAUUCCUGACUUCACUUUCUUUUGUGCACUUCACUCUGUGUUAGUUUGUUUCUCCUCCCUGGUUCUACCAAGACCUCUGGUUACCUCCUGUGUCCUAACAGAAGUCUGGGUAAAUACCUCUGCCUGCCUCCCAACAGCUUAUGGCUCUGCUGCUCCCUGCCGGCCCCUGUCCUCGGGCAGCCGAUGACAGCCCCAUCUUCAGAUCCCACUCUCUCUCUUUCUCUCUGAGCUUCUUUACAACACAAUGCUCAAGAGUACUUGAUGGGGAAUAUAUAUUAGGGACGACAAUGCACUUUUUUGCAUCAGGGUAAUUAAAAAAAAACUUGUUGAGGAAGUUCACACAAUGUAGCAGCACCAGGACAUGUAAUAGUUUCAUGGUUUUCAGCAUUAAGAAUUGCAGUUCGGCUGAAAAAAGGACCUGGUCUUCAGUCACUUGAGGCGAAGGAUUAGUAAGGAGGCAGGGUGUCUGAGUCCUACAUGUAGGAGAUAUUUUCUGAGGUCUUGGAGUUAUUGAGUCUCACCACACGUUAGAUCUUGAACAGGGACUGCUUUGACCUAGCCACGUGAGCUGAAACCGCCACACACUAACGUUUGUUUAAGCUGUCCACUGUGUGAUCAUUUAAGGUUAACUCACGACUGGACAAAUAGUCCCAAUGUUUGUUUCUCUUUUCUGUUUGUUUCACUGCUGGAUUAUUAUCUUGUACAGACUGUAAAAUGUAUUAUUUUGUAUAACUUUAUUGAAAAGAAUACUUGUAGAUGAUCUUUGUGCCUUGAUUAUGGCUGUACCUGUAAAAUGAGCUAAGAUGUAAGUAUGUUUGACUGCGCUGUACAGCUUUAUGUCAAAACCCUUUCUACAGCAGUGGCUGCAGACAGGAUGUUUAUCUGUAGAGAUUAGUUUUUUUUCUGGUUUAUAAAGAAGGAAAAUGCUCUUUAGUAAAAAAAAUGUAUAAAUUAUGCAAAUUAACCACUUACCUUUACAAGAAGGGGUCAGAGGUGAUGAGAUGUUGCAAGAUCAUGCCUUGUUUUGGAUUCUCAGCUUUAACACAUUGGAAUCCAGUCGGGCAUCCAAAAUGCAACGUGGAAUUAUUUCUAUGGGAACCAAGGUUUUUUUUGCUAGAAGUAUACAUGUUUGGUAAUUCUUUGGUCAUUCAUAGACCUUCACAAAUGCACAGGCAUUGUGAAUGUGUGAGCACCAUUAGAUAGGCUCUUAAAUUCUUGUACCAUCAGCAGCUAUUAUUGUGCAAGUAAGUAGUAAGAAACAGAAAAAAAAACUAAGGUGUAAACCUUUGUGUCUGGCCUAAGAGAAUUACAUUUUUAUUUCUCUUUUAAUAAAGAGAUAUGUUAGAAAAGUUUAUUUUAAAUAUUGUAGAAUUUGAGAUGUGUGAAAAUUUCUCAGACUUGAAUAAUUUAUGCAAAUCACAUUCUCAGAACAAGUGGUGGUACAGUUUGGAAAAUAAGCAAAAAUCGCUGUAGCAAUAAGGCAUGUCCUUUUUAGUAACUAUUACACUGCUUUAUAUUUUAUACCUAGGUGUUUUAUGUCUCUGUGAGUAUAUACUUUUCAUGUGUCCAGAAUAACUUGUACAAUUUGUACAAUGUUAAAAGAAAUUACAGUUACAAUAACAGAAACCCAGUAAGUGUUAAUUCUAUAUUACUUUAAAAUGGAGACCUGAUGUAUGCUGUUCUCUCCUUACAUUUCCCCUGUGUAUUAUGAUGUUUUGUUCUGUUUGUUUUUACAUUCUGUGUGCUUAAUUAACAUCCACAAUUGCAAAAUUUUGCUGCAUUGUACAAAUAGAAAUGGAGAGCCAAGGACAGCCUUUCUAUCAAGGGAACCACAGAGCGGAGAGGCAUGCAAGGGCAUAUUUUUCUCCCCCUUUCACCAGGUAAUCUAAGGAUUUGAGCAUAUAUGUACAAUAUAAUAGGUAUUUGUGUAAAAUGCCCUUCCAAAACAGGUACCUUCAAUCCCCAUGCAAACCAAGAAAUUAAUGAUUCACACCUGUAGCCCCCUGACAACUUCCUGCUGAUGGAUCAGUUUGUAGAGGGGUUGUGUUUCUUGGUGCGGGGUCUAUCUUCCCAUUUUCAGAGCUCGUGUAAAUGAAACUGAAAUCAGAUGAAAUCAGUCAAGGCUGACGUGAGGCUAAAAUCAUGGCUGAACUCCAGAACUCCAGACAAAAUCCUGAAAUUAUAACGCAUGUGUUUGAAACCCUAAAUCUGUCCAUUUAAUUAGUUAUUAUAUGUAAUUAAGUUUCCCUCAAUAAUGUGUGACUAGGAUAUGAAAUGCAGUGUGUCUUUUUAACAUAGCGUUAGCAAAGUUACCUGCCUGUGUACAGAGUUCUAAACAAUAUUUAACUUUAUUUUACAAUGUAAAGGUGGGCUCUUGGAAACAAAAUCCAGCAGAUGAUGGAAGUUUGAAAUUAGCUAAUGAAAACAAUAUAAACACUCAGCAAGUCAGCGUGUUACUUCAAAGAAGCAGUGUUAAUGUUACAUCAGAUCUGGAAAUAGAAAACAAGAGUGUAUGUUAACCCUCAACUUCUUUUGCACAUUAGCAGCUGGCCCUGCAUGGAAGUAACAUCUCCUAAAAGUUUAACUGAAUGGGUAAUGUCACAGAGGAAGCCACUUCAGCCAUUUGGUGUUAAGUAUCUCUGGAUCCCUUUCCAUUCAGAGAAUUAAUUUAAGCAAGAACCAUUCUUCAAACUACUUCCAUUGAAUGUGUUGAUACUCAGAAGCAUUGAUGGUUUUGAAAUCACAAGGAGAAGAUAUGUAAACAAAGCUCAUUGUUGGAACGGUAGGGAGCCACUGAACACAAGUGGCCUGGAAACUAGUUACCAUUAUUUAUAUAAAUGAUGAUUGGUUACACACAGAUAUAGAUACGUCUGUUUAAUGUUGAGAGUUCUACGCAUUGUUGCAGAGAUGGGUGUGGUGUAGAGCGAUCAAAGAGCCAGAUUCACUCUGAUCAAUCAGCUGUCUGUCGGAAAUCACCAACAAUACCAGAUAUUGAUUUUGUUCUCUUGCCACUGCUCCCCCUUCCCUGCCACCUUAGAUUUCAGCUUUCAUGGUUCUAAUGAUAGGCCAUUGGCCUAAGUUUUUAUCUCUGUUUCUGUCUCGAUAGAUGCAGCCUGAUUUGCUGAGUAUCCCCAACAAUCCCUGGAUACACAAGCAACAGCAGAUGCUGGAAUCUGCAGCAAUGGUCACUUUGCUGGAGAAACUCAGUGGGUCAAACAGCAUUUGUGGGAAACCUAUAGAGUCUUGAUGCAAGGUUUCACUUAAAAUAUCAGCAUUUCCUUUCCUCCCACAGAUGCUCCUCAACCCUCUAAAUUUCUUUGACAGAUUGUUCAUUGCCCACCAAUUUCUUGUUUAAUUUCUGACUCUUGCCAGCUCAGUCAUCAUUAGGAAAACAAAGAUCUAAAGCAGAAAUGUUGAGGGAAGUGGUUCUUUUGAGUCUUUCUGCUCUCAGCUUCCGAAAGCCUCACUUGGUCUUGGAUACAAUAUCUCAUCCCACUGCUCACUGCAAUGAACUCAUGGAGAAUAGUUCUAAGUUAUUGUAACCCGCUGGCUGGUGGCGUAGUGGCGUCAGUGCCAGACUUCAGAGCGAAGACUCCUGAGUUCGAAUCCAGCCGGCUCCCUUGCACGCUUUCCAUCUGUGCUGGGUUGAGCGUCGAGCUAGCAACUCAGCCUCAUAAAAAUAAGAAAGCCUGCUAAAAAAAACGUUGUCAUGAUGACGUCCCGAUGACUCUACUCGGAGUUAAGGGCUUUUAAAAAAAAUUGUAACCCGGCUGACAAUGAGCAAUCUAAAAGAAAAAAUGAUUGUUAAUUCAACAGUUAGACAACUUAAUUUUGGGUUUGGAUUGCUUGUUCGGAUAUUAUGGAGAAAGAUUAGUUGUCAUUUGACCACACUGUUCCAGAUCAGUGAAUAUUCAAAGCACCUCUCUGUGAAGGAUUCUACCUUUCCCAAUCAAUGCCUCAAACCAAGGGAGCAGGAAAUAAAGCAAAGGCAUUACAGUGUAUUGAAGGGCCAUUUAAUCCAUCAAGUUCAUGCCAGCUCCCAGCCCAACAAUCACCUUAACCAUGCAAUACAGGUAUCAAUAGCUGGAAUAAAUACCUUCUGGGGGAUCAGUAAACAUUUUGGCAAUGAUGUGUAUUAGGCUGAGUAAACCUCUCAAACACAAGAGACUGCAGGUGCUGGAAUCUAGAGCCGCCAAAACAAACUGGUGGAGGAACUCUGGGUCAGGCAGCAUCUGUGGGGAAGGGAUAUGGACAGACAAUAAUUCAGGUCAAGACUUGUCAUCUGGACUGAAGUCUAAGGCACUGAGUUCCUCCAGCAUUUUGUUCACUCAUUGUCCUGGUCUCAAGGAGAGCAAAUUGGGUUUGUCAGGAUAGAAAGUGGAGUGUACUGUAUUUUGAUUUUCUGUGAUGAGUCUGCCGAACAGGCCCCUAUUUGCAGUAACUUGGAUUCCCACAAGAAGGCAUUGAAUGCCAUCUCUUUGUCUUUGCACCAUUAGUAACUCUAACAAAAUCAGAUUCGAAUCCAAACAGCUUUCACCAGAAUAAUCUCUCCCUUUCAUCACACUUAACAAAAAAAAAAGAAAGUAAGUUGUCCUGGUAUUUCCAAAGGAUUAUUAAUCUUCCCCAUCCAUGCUAUGUAACCCAGAGUAGGUUUAUAACUGUCUGUAGAGAGGUUAGCCCCGGAAGAAUUAGUGAAAAGUGGAAAAGUUUAAUGAUGGAAGUUCCAAACAUUUUAAUUUAUGGAAGUGAGGAUAGAAUGGGAAAAGUUUGGCUGGUGCAAGUCCAUUGCCUGGAAUCACUACCAAUAUUCUCUCAGCAUCCCUUCUUGCCAGUGAGACCAAAGUGUUUCUGAGUCUACAGCAAGGAAGCCCUGUCUCCAAACAUUGCUAACCACUGACAGCCAGCAAGGUUGAGACCCCAGCCUUACCAACUGUAAAAUUAUUUAUUUAAUUAGUUUUCCAUAACUAUGACAUUCAGAGAUACUAAAAGAAGAUCUACGAGAAUAUUGCCAGGACACAAAGGCCUCAGUUAAAGCGAGAAGUUGGGUACGCUAGGACUUUAUUCCUUGGAGCGUAGAGUUCUGAGGUGGCAUUGGUCAGACCACACUUGGCAUAUUGUGAGCAGUUUGGGGCCCCUAAACCAAGAAAGGAUGUGCUGGCAUUAGAGAGAGUCCAGAGGAGGUUCACAAGAAUGAUCCCAGUAAUGAAAGGGUUAAUGUAUGAGGAGUGUUUGAUGACUUGGACCUAUACACAUUGGAGUUUAGAAAAAUGGGGUGGGACCUCAUUGAAACCACAAGAGAUUCUGCAGAGGCUGGAAAAUCUUGAGCAACACACACAAAAUGCUGCAGGAACUCAGCAAGUCUGGCCGCUUCACACAGAGGGGAAUGCACAUAUGGAAUGAGCUAAUAGAGGAAGCUGCAGAUGUUUUUGCAAUAUCAACAUUUUAAAGACACUGGCAGGUACGUGGAUUGGAAUGGUUUAACGGGAUGCAUGCCAAAUAUCAACAAAUGAGACUAGCAAUGAAUCUUGAUCAAUAUGGACAAGUUGUGCCGAAGAACCUGCUUCUGUGCUGUGUUGCUCCAUGACUAUAACUGUUAGAAGUGGAUAAAGUAUUUGGAAAUCUUAGAAUAUUAGAAAGGUGACAGAAGCAGUACAUGAACAGGCAGAGAACAGAGGGAUGUUGAUCAGGUGCAGGCAGAUACAAUGGCACGUCAAGAUGAAGUGUCUUGGCCCAAGACACCAGCAGUCCAUUUCCCUCCAUUGAUGCUGCCUGACUCGCUGUCCUCCUGCAGCAUUUUGUGUGUUGCUCCAGAUUUAAAGCAUCUGCAGUUUCUCUUGUGUCAUGUAUAGAAUUAUUUUAGAUUGGCAUGAUGAGCCAAAGGGACUCAAUUGUGCAGUUCUAUUCUAUCUAUAGCCAUGAUGUAAGUAUGAUCUGAGAGUUGUACAAAAAUCACUCAUGCAUCAAUGGUGCAGUAAGCCAUCUUAAUAAAUGGCUAUUCUUUUUCUGCAGGGUGGUAGGUGUUUCAAAAUCACCAGUGGUGUCCUAUGUGAAGGAAUUUAGAAUUGCCACAAAGUUCCCACAAGAUGACCAAGUGUAUCGGGUCCACAGCGCCCUGAGGCAGCCUUUCACAGAAUCUGUGUAAAGAUGGAUGUCACGUGGUUGACGUUCUUCUGCGUGUGCUGAAUCAACGGGCAGCAGAAACAAUUCUACAUAGGUUACUGCAGGCACAUGACACAGCAGUAAGAGUUCAGCCUUGGGCUUUACCGAAUGAUAUACACCGGCUUCUGACAUGUCCACCUACUUCUGUGUGGCUUAAAGAGGAUGUGACUUCCCUGGGCCAUCACCACAG